GUCUGUUCUGGGCUCUUCCUGCAACACAGCUGCCAGAGCUCCGCGCACCUCCAGGGCGCUAAGUCAGAGGCCCAGCAGGUCUGUGCUGCUCCAGCUGUAUCCCUGACCUGAGGGCUAACCCUCAGAGCCUGAGGGUCACACACAUAUCCAUCACUCGCCCAGCAAACGUUCACCCUAGGCCCCCUGGCCCUCCUCCCCUGCUUCCCCAAACCCGGUGCUCCACAGGGCUGAGCAGGGGGGAGUGGCCACUGGGAGCCAGCAGGGCGCCCUCUUGUGGAAGACAUCGCAAUUCCAGGCUGUUCUCUACGGACUGAUCUCUCCUGGGUGCUCUCUCUGGAAGCCACUGUGGCACUCCUACCUGUGGUUUCUAUGCAGUGCCAAGUCCUGCCUUUCCUUCUUUGUGUGUCUACCUUCCCCUGUGUGCAGGGUCUGCCUGUGGACAGAGUGCGCAAAGUAACUCCCUCUUCUGGGCCCGCACUUGAGCAACACCCCUCUUGGGCCUCCUAGACAGAGCCACAGGGAGAUGCACAACCCGGAGCCCUGCCUUACCGUGACUGUGUUUCCAACAAAACCUGCAGUCCCUGACCGGGCACACAGGUCUUCUUCCCUGUCACCUCCUGCAGCUUCAAGUGCCUGAGCCCUGAGUUAAGAGGUCUGGACCUUGAGGCAGCGCCCGGGUCAGAUGGCACCCGAGAGCUGGAGAGGUUCUGGACUGGUUCUGGUUCUGUCGCCUGUAUGCCACAGAUCACUGGCCUGUGGAAAAUGAUCUUGGAGUGCCAGGUAGCAGAGCUCUCAGCACAGAUGAUAGACCAGCUUGAGCAGUAUGGCGUGACCCCGCGGGUCUGCCAGAUCUGUCUUUGUACUCUAUAACUUCUCUGUCCUAAAAGCCAUGUAGGGCCAUGUAGGGCAAGCAAGGGGCCAGGCUUUGGGGCAUUGCUAGAUGCCCAACGUGGAGGAAGAGGGACAAGGGGGCCGGUUGGUGUCACCGUUCAACAUCCAGCCAUCACUUUCUCAAAAACCAUUCUGUGGCAGGCCAAGGAUGGAAUUGGUGCACACAGAAGCCAUGGCCCUGGUAAAGGGACAGGGAUGUACUUGUCUGACAACCUUUGACUCUCUACACAUGGCCAGAUAGGUGUAGAGAAUGGGUUGCAAGUCAGGAGGGACCAGGGAGGACCACUCUAGCUAAAGGGGUGACCUUCACUCAAAGACAGGAAUGAGGAGCAGCCAGCGAUGGAUGGGGACUUUGGGAAAGAACAUUCCAGAACUAAAGGUCUAUCAUCUUAUAGCAUAUAAUUCCCUAAAGUUAAUUUUCAUAGGUCCUAGAGUGUCCUCUGAUUUCCAUAUUGUUAAUGGGGAUUAUUAAGGCUACAGGGCAGUGAUUCUCAACCUGUAGGUCUCGGAGUGACUCACAGGGGUCACCUAAGACCAUCAGGAAACUCAUAUUUACAUUAUGAUUUAUAACAGUAGCAAAGUUACAGUUACGAAGUAGCAACAAAAGUAAUCUUCUGGUUGGGGUCCCCACGACAUGAGGACCUGUAUUAAAGGGUUGCAGGAUUAGGAAGGUUCAGAACCACUGCUGUUGGGGCUCAGAAUCAUACUAACCCUGGGAAGGGCUGAGGCAGAGGCAGGCUCCAGCCCAGGCAGGCUCAGAGAGGGUCAGUAGGGUCUGGGCUUACCCUGAAUCCAUGAUGUAGGCCAUUCUUGCUGAGGUAGAGUAGAGGACAGUCAGAGGAGGGAACUGCCCUCCUCAGGCAAGGCUCCUAGGCUGGGGACAGCCAAGCUCUGCUGCCCCUCAGCUGUACUGUGUCUGGAUAAAUGUAGUGUGACUCUAGAUUCCUUACUGCAGUUGCCAGAUUUAGGAAAUAACUCAUCUAUCCCGUUAAAUUUGCAUUUCAGAUACACUUUUUUUCCAGGACAGGGAGUUGAGACAGGGCCUUACCAGGUAGCUCAAGUUGGUCUAGAACUCAAAAUACCCUGCUUUGGCCUCUGUUUAGUAUAACAAUGUAGUUUUCCCUGUAGAAUCUAGGUCCUCCAGGGACCCUGGCAGCCCCUUAGUCUUCAACCCAUCAGCUUUGAAGGCUCUCCCCAAGGCCAGGAGGCCCACCUCACACCUGGGUACUCUGUUUUGCAUGUCUAAAGAGCAAGCUCCCUACACACGGAAUGCCUUUGGCUAUUCUACCCAAACACCUGAUCUCUGUCCUGUCUACUGUAACCCAGCCCACUGGGGACACCCUACCCAGUACAAGACCUCCUUCCCACUUGCCUUCUAGCAUUCUGGUGGUGCCCACCCAUCAUUCCUGGUCCCUGGGCUUCCAGCAAAUGCAAGGUGAAAAUUCAGAAUGGGCCUAGCCCUGUAAGAACCCUGUCCCUGCAAUUUAGUGCUAUGAGGACCCUCCCUCCCCCUAGAACGGUAAAUGAGAGCCUCUAAUUGACAGGCUUAUGAAGCCGACCCAAGCAAUGUCUCAGUAACUUCAAAUGCCCUCAGUCAAGGAUGCCCCUUCACAUACACCCUUGGGAGAGAAGACUUCCCAGGGAUCAGUGCAGCCUCAACCCCUCCAAACCCAGAGCUCUUUUGUUCUUGCCAUUUUCUUACCCCCAAAGAACCAGGUGUCUCCACUCAUACCUUCCUGACCCUGAUUCCCCCUGGAACAUCCAACCCAGGGUGUCACCCCUCUAACACAUCCUGUGACCUGACUGCCUAACUCUGGAGGUCUGCUGCUGCUCCUCUGUGGUUGUGUAUCGUCCACCCACCCCACCACACCUGCCCUAUCCAGUGCCCUCGGACACAGAUCUUAGUGUGCUUGGCUGCCAGCUCAGGGUCUGCAGAGAGAGGUAUUCUGUGUCAGAGACCCCAGCUCCGCAGCCUGUCCCAGCUACGUUAAGCUGAGCUCAAGAGAAUGGUUCCUAGGAAGAAAUGAAUUCUUUUUAAGAUUUGCGGUCUCCCGGUAAGCGCACUGACCCAUGUGCAUCCAAAAGGGGCCUGAGGCCAUUGUCCUGGCUACGCCAUCAGUGAUUGUGGGUGCACUGGUCUAGGGAGAAGCGGACGCCUGGGAGGUGUCCCUUUGUCCACCGGGGCAGUAGGGACCCCAUGGAGGGCACAGAGGCCCAGGAAACAAGUAUCGCGAGAGGGUCCCGCACCCCCUCCCGCCACAGAGCGCGGGCUGGCUUCUAGCGGGACCGACCGGGUGGGGCAGACAGAGAAGGGGUAGCGAGGUGACCUCAGCGGUUCCGCAGCUCCGGGAAGUCGCCUGGCCCGCCCCCUCCUGCCCCAGCCGGGAGUUUCGCUCUCCGGGGCGGGGCGAGCAGCAGGCAUUGCCCUGCCGGCCAAGUUGGUGAGCGCCCCGCCCGGCGCCGUCCGGGUCCCCGCGCCCUCCCGGCCGGGGCGCAUCACUCGCAGCUCCGUGCGUUCCGAGCCGCACGGGAAAGCUUUGCAGUACGAGCAGAUAGCAGCGCGUGCGGCGGAGGGACCAGCCCGCGAGCAGCCGCGACACGGUGCGACUCAACGGCGAUAUCGUCACGGUGCCCGCCUUCAGUCGCCUGCUGGACUUCAUGUACGAGGGCCGCCUGGACCUGCACAGCCUGCCUGUCGAGGACGUCCUGGCUGCCGCCAGCUACCUACACAUGUAUGACAUCGUCAAGGUUUGCAAGCGCAGGCUUAGGAAGAAAGACCCAGAUCUGGAGACCCGCGCUCUGGGGACAGAGCUUCCUGGUCAGCCACCAUACUCCCUGCCUUCCUGGUCCCCUGACUUCUGCCAAGCUGCACCAAAGGCCAAACCCCCAUCUCUAGGAGUCAAGGCUGCUCAUCCCCUGCCAACAUUUGGACCUCCAUCUUGGCAGGUCACAGGGGAGUCAAGUGGGGCCCUGGAUCUGUCACUGAAGCCUGGUCCAAGACCAGAGCAGGUCCACCCAUCCUGCAUCCUCCAGACACCCCUCUGCAGCUCGAUGCAGCAAGGGGCCCAGCCUCUGGUGAAGGCCGAGCAAGAUUCAUUCUCCGAACAAGAUAGCAGCAGCCCUCAGAGCACCAACAGAUCCCCACCACCAGUCUAUGCGUCUGCAGCCCAAGGCCUGGCCGUGGACCUGGAGCCGCUGAACGUCCAAGGGACAGGCAGCCAGCAGCUUGGGCUGGAUGCAGAGCCAGUGGUGGACAGUGAGGCGCUGGGUCCCAGCAGGCACCUUUGCAUUUGUCCGCUGUGCUGCAAGCUGUUCCCUAGCACCCAUGCACUGCAGCUGCAUCUCAGUGCCCACUUCCGAGAGCGGGACAGCAUCCGGGCCAGGCUCUCUCCAGAGGGGGCCGUGCCCACAUGCCCGCUCUGCAGCAAGACCUUCUCUUGCACAUACACCCUGAAGAGGCAUGAACGGACACACUCUGGGGAGAAGCCCUAUACAUGCGUCCAGUGUGGCAAGAGCUUCCAGUACUCACACAACUUAAGCCGGCAUGCUGUGGUCCACACGCGGGAGAAGCCCCAUGCCUGCCGCUGGUGUGAGCGCCGAUUCACACAGUCUGGGGACCUGUAUCGCCAUGUCCGCAAGUUCCACUAUGGUCUCGUCAAGUCCUUGCUGGUGUGAAGUGUUCUUCUGUAUCCCCAGGGUGGAGGAAGGGACAGGGCAGGGUCUCCUGAGUGGGACUCUGGGACAGAAGCAGCAGCCCAGGUGGGUGGAAGCCCUACCCCCAGGCUAGCAGGCUCCACCUGCCAACCUGAGUGGAUGCUGCUGCUUUUUGGAUGGGUUGCCUCCCCCUGCCCUUCACUCUGCACCUCAUACCUGAGCCCAGGUUGUACCCUGCCCAGUUAGGGACACUGUGUUCUUCAGUGUCCUCUCCAGCAAGGUUCUAGGGGUGCCCAUUUGCUGGGUCUGGGCUUCUCAGUGUGAGGUAACAGUCUUCCUCUGUCCCGGGGCUUCCCUGACUACCCUGCUGGGACACUUGAGAGUGUCCUUGUGCCAUGGUAGAAAGACUCCCUUGUCAAGAAAGUCGCUAAUGCAAGUCUAACAGGGGGCACUGAGUGAACAGGCCACUCCUGGUGAGUGGCAGCAGGGACUCCUGCUGAGAAGGCCUCAGGCACAACAAGUACCAGCAGGGGCCACAGAGACACAGCUGGCCCUGCAGGAGGCACAGCUCCAGCGGGGACCCGGGAGCAUCCUGAGGGUGGCUAAAGCCGGGUGUGCCUCUGUGGCCCUGCAGUGACUGGUACUGGGGUGGAACAGGUGGGAAUUUCGGGCAAAGAGGGGAAAUUUGGAAGUGGAUUCUUUUUAUAUCAAAAGAGCCUUUCAAGGCCACCAUAUGUCUGCUACUGGGUGAGGACCCUCCAAGUGUCCCCUACUGGGGACAAAGGGCUGGAAAUGGCAGAUCUUGCCAUGAGCCAUGCUUGGCAUGUUGAAGUUAAUGCUGUGUUCUAGCAGGCCUGACCCUGGGAGUCACUCUCCUGCUUUCUGCGGGUCUCCCUGGGGCUGUAGUCAUUCCUAGGCACCAGACACAAGGCCCAAGCUUGUCCAGCUUAACAGGAGCGAUGUUUGCUGUGCCACCUCCUGCUGUGGGGCACAGGUAGGAGCAGCUGUCACAGGGAGACAGGGGAGGCAGACCCCCCCUUCAUCUGCAGCCUUGGAAGGAAGGCUGGCACCCUUGGAAUGUGAAGGACUUGGUCCUCUGCCUUUGCAGUGGACAUGGGCCACCUCACUUCGACCACUUGCUGUCCCAGAACCUGAAACCUGAUGUUUUCAGGAAGGGGCUGUGGCAGGAUGGGGGCCUCAACCUUGCCUCAGCGAGUGGUAGAGCUGCCUGAAACAGUCUGCCCUCUCCCAGCAGGGCUGUCUGAUGACUGCAAGUGGCCCAGAGGACAGAGGUGGGCCAAUCUAAAUCAUCGUGUCUUCUGCUAACACUUGAUGUAUUUAUUUGUCUGCUUGCUCUGGAGUGACGUGACAGUUGGUCUCCUCAAGGUGGAGAGAACCAUUGUUCAUCUCCUAACCCUCUCUGUGCUCUCCUACUGUGUCCAUGGCUGGCCUGGGAAGUUGGUGCCUGCCCGUGAUGCUCCAAGACUGGAGGUCCGGGACAGGUUGCAGUCCUGAGGGCUGGAGAAGAGGCCAGGAGCUCCUGGCUUCUGACUCCACAUUUUAUUUAUGACCUGAGGUCUCUCUCUCUCUCUCUCUCUCUCUCUCUCUGUGUGUGUGUGUGUGUGUGUGUGUGUGUGUGUCUGUGUCUGUGUGUGUGUCUGUGUAUCUGCAGUACUACAAGUGAGCAGGCCGAGCACCGCUGUGUUGGUCUUCCCCGAGUGCCUGCUUUCCUGGGGCAGGGAAUCUGCCCUGAGUCAACACUGGACUCAUUGUCUCAGUGCAGUUACUGUGAAGCUAAGAAAGAAUAAGUGACUGGUUGUAAGUUUAUAUAUAACUGGCACCAUUCAGGUGCCUGUAUGCGUAUGUCUGACACACUGCCUGUGUGGAGCGCACAGGACAGGUGUGUGCAGAGUCCAGGUGCAUUCUGCUGCGUGGGGUUUCUAGGGCCAGCUACUGUCCCAGCCUGGGUCUCACUGCUGCUCUGCCCCUGGAGAGACCCCUGGGAAGCAACCACAGGACAACCCUUCUUCCCGCGCAGGUCUGGCUAGGGUCUGGCGAGGAGGUUUGCACAGCCCUGCUCGUGGUCAGCCUGCACCACGCCUAGAAAUGAGUGCUGUCUUCCUAUUUCACACCUUCUGGCGGUCACAUGACUGGGUAAUAAAGCCAACCACAGUGAA